UUUAUAUAUAUUUAUAUAUAUAUUUAAAUGAGCAUUGUUGGAGGGAGCCUGAGAUCUAAGAUUUCCAUUGCCAACAACUGCUUCUCUGUUAUUGUUUAUAUGACAAUACAGAAUGAAAAAGUAAUAUUCUAUUUUUCCAUGUUAGCAGUUAAAUUAAAGUGCAUUUAAGUUUAUGCGUUACUUUUACCAUAAGGCUACCUACAGAGAAGUCAUGUUUGGAAAUUUGACUCUCUUUGCAUUUGAAAAUUGUCUCAAAUGUCUUAUUGGUGCACAGAUACAGCUACAUCCCUCUAUACAACAUUGAUCCUCAAGCGGCCCAUCAUUGGCUCUGUGCCAAGCAGCACUCUCAGACUGGUUGAAAACUGCAGUCUUAUUUAUGGCUGCACAUCAGAUCCAUUUGUUUGUGGAGCAGUUAACUCAUAAAUGAGAUCCAGUUUCGAAGCGGCUGUCAUAUAUACUGUAUAAAUAACUCAUAUAAAACGUAGUCAUAUGGCACCAUUUGAUCUCGUACCACCAUCAGAUAUAUGCUCAUAAUCAUCUUAAUCCAAAUCAGAAAGACUCAUUGAUAUUACUGCAAUAAUCACCAGAAAUGCUACAUUUGUUUGCAGAGACAGAGAAACAGGCGUCAUUUAAUCAAAAUGAAUAUCGGUUGACCACCAAGCUCAGUUAAACAACAUGUGGAAGGUCAAAAGUAAAAAUAUGUUCUCGCUUUAUCUUUUGUGUUGAGCUGUGUGCGGUAACUGUUCACAGCCUUCCUAAUUUGCGCGAGUAUGUGGUGGGGGAUGUACUUCAAAGAAAGUCAUCGUGAAUGUGAAUGAUGGUGGAAACUGAGUGACAGCGCCAAAUGUUCCGAUCGCCCUGAUAAGACAUCAGGUUGAUGACGUCUGAAGUUUAUCCCCUCUAUAGGACAAUGGAGAUCAUGUCGGAUCUGCAGAAAGUGACAACAUAACAAAAUAAAUGUUCCACUAAUUUCUGCUGGGAUGGCAUGUGGAUGGUUAUUUAACUCUGAUUAUGCAAGCAAAGAACUUAAAGAAAACAACAAAGCUCACGAGAAUACUAUUAGUGACAUAUUAUUAUUGUAACCAAUGACAUAUUUGAGAUUUAUAGUUGUAGAAGGUUCAGGUGACAGGUUCAGGCUUCAUUCUGUCAAGCAGUGGAUCUUCUUUCUCUUUGACGCCACUGAACCAAUCAUCAGUAUCAUGAAUAUGGAUUUGUUUGUGCGUGUGUCCAGGCUGCAGCAGCUCAGGAACUUGACGAGCGAUGUUUCCUGUCGGCGCAGUCCAUGGCCAAUCUGAAGGAACCCCUAUGGCUCUGAAGUUCUUCCCUCGUCAGUCCACCUCGCUCACCUCUUUCCUGCGUGAAUACAAUCUCUCACUUUCCUACUGCACCCAUCCUUCUCUGACACGGGCCCUUGGCAUCUUCUUUUCCACGCCGUCCUACUAUGUCUUUGCCCAGCAAGCUGGUCUAUACGGUGACCUCUACAGUGUGAUAGUGUCAGAGCUCGGGGUGGAUGAAGAGUGUGUCCAGAGGGUGAUGGCCCAGCUGAGCGGUGCUGUUACACAUCUUCACUCCCUGGGCUUCGUCCACCGCGACAUCAAACCUGAGAACAUCUUCCUGUGUGACAGAUCCUGUCGCUGGGUCAAACUGGGUGACUUUGGCCUCGCCCGGGCCAUUGGCUCCACUGUUCGUGCCGUCUGGUACGAGUCUCCCUUCUGCACUCCUGAGGUGGAACCUGGCAAGGAGGCUCAGAAGGAGAGGGAGUGGGAUGGGACUGAAGUGGAGAUGGAGGACAUUUGGAUAACGGUGGAGCCAUGUAUUGACAGCUGGGCCCUUGGUGUACUCGUCUAUUGCCUCUUAACCGGCUGCUUCCCCUGGGAGGAGAGCACCCACGACGACCGCUGCUAUCGUAGAUUCAAGGAGUGGUUUGACCGUGAGACUGAAAAGGAGGAGAAGAUGAGGGAUGGUGAGUGGGGGGGUGAGGAGGAAAUAGACAGUUAUACAAUCAUGGAGGAGAAGCAAAGGGACAACCCUCCUCCCUCUCAGUUUGAGGGCCUCAGCCCACUAGUGAUGACUCUUAUAAAGGAGCUGCUCCACCCUGAACCCAAACACAGAGGGAGCCCUGAGGAGAUCCUGAGCUACCUGGGAGGGCCGUGGCUGAUGGAGACAGAGAUCGAGGAGAAGAGGAAGGUAGACGAGGCAGAGAAGGAGGCCAGAAAAAUAAGAGAGGAAGGAGGUGUACAAGAAGAGCUAGUGAGGGAGGGAAGAGGGGAGAGAUAAGCUUUGUAUUUAUAA